AUGGUGCCGACCCCACCCACGGGGGGCUUGAGCAGCAACUCACCCUCCACUGGCUCAAGAGGUAGCAUUCAGUCAUCGCCCUUGGCGCCGUCUACGAAAGCAAAACAAAGUGCUAUCCAGGAAGCGAAAUCCCGACAGCUGGAGCAGGAGUUCAAGACGAAGCACCUAGGGAUAUUGGGGGUGCUAACAUGGGUUUUGCUCCUGCAUGUUGCCGGCAUAUACUUCUUCACCAAGGGUUUCCUCCUCACGCGCAUGGUCCUGGACAACAAAUCCUCCUGUGACCUUCUUCCUUUCGAGGACGCCUCCGGCCGUGCAGUCGCUUCGUCAAUGGGGAGCAAGAAAGGUUGCUGGCAUGACAAAUCCUUUGACAAGGCUGUUGUGAUUAUCAUUGACGCCCUCCGAUACGACUUCACUGUACCAUUCGUCCCUAGGGAUGAGAGUGAAGCCGCUCACCUCUUCCACGAUAACAUCCCCGUUCUCUACGAAACUGCCGUCAACAACCCGGCCAACGCUAUCCUGCUUCCCUUCAUCGCCGACCCGCCGACGACAACUCUGCAGCGACUGAAGGGUCUGACCACGGGAACUCUGCCUACUUUUAUUGACGCAGGCUCCAACUUCGCCGGCACUGCCAUUGACGAGGACAAUCUGGUUGCCCAACUCCACAGCGCCGGAAAGACUCUGGUUCACCUCGGUGAUGAUACCUGGCAAUCGCUAUUCCCAGGCUACUUCGAUGCCAACCUUAGUCACCCGUACGACUCGUUCAAUGUCUGGGACUUGCAUACCGUUGACAACGGAGUGAAUGAGCAUCUUUUCCCGCUUCUCCGUCCGGAGAAUAAGACGAAGUGGGAUGUGAUUUUCGGUCACUACCUGGGUGUUGACCACGCGGGCCACCGUUAUGGACCCAACCACGCCGCGAUGGCCGCGAAGCUGCAGGAAAUGGACGGCGUUAUCCGCGAGAUCAUCGCUUCGUUGGACGACGAUACGCUUCUGGUCGUGAUGGGUGACCAUGGCAUGGAUAUCAAGGGCGAUCAUGGCGGUGAGUCGGACGACGAAGUUGAAGCUGCACUGUGGAUGUAUUCCAAGCGGGGAGUGUUCGGCCGCACCAGUAAGGAGACUUUGCUGCCCCCGAAGCACGCUCGCGAGCGCUUUGUUCCUCAGAUCGAUCUCGUCCCGACUUUAUCGUUGCUCCUGGGCUUGCCUAUUCCGUUCAACAAUCUGGGUUCGCCCAUCGAGGAAGCUUUCGCAGGAUCGAGCGGCAAUGACUGGUCGAAUCUACUGGCCGUCAAUCGCCUGUCGGCAGCGCAGAUCAAGAGAUACCAGCACGCGUAUGCGACUGCUCGAGGUGCCGGCGACGACGAGGAGUCGUUCGCUUUGUGGACUGCCGCCGAUGAAGAAUGGAAGACGGCCUCUAAAGGUUUCACAUCAAAGGCAACCGCCGUCCGUUCCAGCUACGAGCUCUACCGCAAGUACCAGCGUCACACUCUGGAGAUAUGCCGCGGUCUCUGGGCACGCUUCGAUGUGUCUAGCAUGAUCGAGGGAGUUGUGCUUCUGUUGUGCGGCAUCUCUUUGCUGGUGCUGUAUGCCCGUGGGAUGAAGAUAGAUCGUACCGAGCUUACUCCCCAGCUCCUCUCGUUCGUUGGUGCUGGAACUGGGCUAGGUGCGGUGGCCGGUGCCGGGUUGGUACUAUUUGGAAUCACUGACAUGACGGCCAUCGACUCAUCUGCCCUCCUGGCUGCGUUUGGAAGCAUGGUGGGCGGUCUAUUUGCCUUGCUUAAGAAGCCGGCGAAUUUGACCUUGCCUCUUCCUAAUGGUAUGUGGGGCUGGCUGGCUGUCUUCUUCACUGUUUCCCAGUCCGUUGGCUUUGCUUCGAACUCCUAUACCAUUUGGGAAGACGAAAUUCUCCUCUUUUUCCUAACGACCUUCGGUGUGUGCGCUGGCAUUUCGUCUAUGCGUCAGAAAUCUACCGCUGACCGAGUGCUCGGCGUGUACCAUUCGAUUCUCUUCGUGAUCCUCGGCCGAGUUGCCUCUUUCUCUCGUCUGUGCCGUGAGGAGCAGAUGCCGUUCUGCCGCUCUACAUAUUACGCUUCAUCUACCUCGUCCAUCUCUGCUCCUUGGCAGUUGGCCAUCCCCUUUUUGGUCAUGGUCUUCCUUCCCAGUGUCGUUCGGUCUUUCUACAUCGGCUCCAAGUCCUACGAAGGUGCCGCGACUCUGUGGAUUGGGGUUGCCUUCCGCCUGGGCCUUCUAAUCACCUCCCUGUUCUGGGUGCUGGAAGGUGCUGACGAUGGUGAGUGGUUGCCGCUCCGCAAGGAAACCCUCAAAUCCAUCCGAGUAUUCCUCGCACAGCUUGUUCUUGCCAUUGCCUUUGGUGCUGGCACAGGUGCAUUCUUCUACUCCAAACCCUGCAUCAGCGUCAGUGUGAGCAAGCCACCCCCAGAGGACCCCAACGCCCCUCCCGUCCCCUUUAUCGUAGGCCAGCAGCAACAACCCCGGACAACAGUAACCAUCCUGGGCUUCGGCAACGUCUACGGCACGCGCUUCUUCUUCCUAGUCGUCAACUUUGCACUCGCCAUCAUCAUGAUGCAAAAGCCCAUGGGCCAAGGCGCCAUCGCCCUGCUAAUCUGGCAAAUCCUUUCGCUCCUCGAAAUACUUGACACAAACGCGCUGACCCUCACCAACUCGCCCAUUGGGCCCAUCGUCCUCGGCCUUCUCGGCUCCUUCUACUACUUCAAAACCGGUCACCAGGCCGUCCUCAGCUCUAUCCAGUGGGAGACCGUCUUCAUCCCCAUGUCCACCGUCAAAUACCCCUGGGCCCCACUUCUAGUCAUCCUAAACACCUUCGGCGCGCAGAUCCUGGCCGCUAUCGCCGUCCCGCUGACCGUUCUCUGGAAGCGGCCGUUGCAGACGCAUGACCGCGUCUCGCAGUCGUCGAACACAAAGCUUGUCAACCCGGCGACAAGACUCCUCUCGGACGUAGUCCAGGCUGCGUCCACGCACAUGCUUUACCUCGCGACUAUCAACCUCGCGACCACUAUGUGGGCCGGCCAUCUGCGCCGCCAUCUGAUGCUGUACCGCAUCUUCAGCCCGCGCUUCAUGAUGGGCGCGGCGGUGCUGGGCGUCGUGGAUGUUAUCCUCAUGCUCGUUGCUGUUGCGGGCGUCCGCUGGAGCACAAUUAGCGUUGGUGAGAUCUUUGGUUGGUGA